AUGGUCCGGCUCAACACGCCGCGCACCCAGCCCCUCGCCGUCCAACAGUGGGACUCCCUCAUCGCCGUCAACUACGCCGCGCGCCCGUUCAACAUUUCGCGAAUGAUCACGGCAAAGGAAGCGAGGGCGCGGUGCCCGCAGCUCAUGAUGGUGCAUGUGGCCACGUUCCGGGAAGGGGAGGGAGGGAAGUGGGCGUAUCGGCCGGAGGGGGAUCACGAUGUGGCGACGGAUAAGGUCUCGCUGGAUCCGUAUCGGGCGGAAUCGAGGGAGAUUCUGAGGACGAUGAGGGAUGGGUUGAUGGCGUGGGCGGAGAGGGUUGAGCCGUGUGGGUUUGGGGAAGGGGGAGGGGGUAGAGAGAGGGAUCGGAGUCUGAUGUUCAAAUUGGAGAAGGCCGGGAUUGAUGAGGUGUUUGUGGAUUUGUCGGCGUUGGUGUGGGCGACUUUGCUGGAGAGGUAUCCCAUGUUGCGGGAGAUGGAGGUCAAGAAGGAGAUGGGUGAGCGUUUACCGCGCCCGCCGACCACGGCGUUGCAGUGGGAAAAGGAGGAUGAGCUGGUUGAUUUGGAUGAAGGGGAAACGGAGGAAGAUGAUCCUGAUUGGGAUGAUGUGGUUAUGCUCAUUGGAGCGGAAAUCAUCAGGUCAGUCCGUCUGCUGGUCUGGGAACGCUUGAAAUAUACAUGCUCGGGAGGCAUCGCACGGAAUAAAAUGAUGGCGAAGUUAGGGAGUGCGUGCAACAAGCCCAACAAGCAGACGAUUGUACGCCAUCGUGCUGUACAGCAGUUCCUCGGUGAUUUCAAGUUUACCAAAAUCAGGAACCUAGGAGGGAAAUUGGGAAAGCAUAUCUCCUCAACCUUUGAGACCGAACAGGUGGGUGAGCUGCAGCAGGUGCCGCUUGAACAGUUGAAAGCAAAGCUGGAUGAUGAUACGGGAAUGUGGCUGCAUGAGUUGAUUCGAGGGAAUGACUACAGCGAGGUCACACCUCGAACCCAGAUCAAGUCGAUGUCAUCCACAAAGGCGUUUCGUCCGAGCAUCACUUCGUCGGAACAGGCUGAGAAGUGGCUACGGAUCUUCGUGGCUGAGAUAUAUGGGCGAUUGGUUGAAGAAGGCGUGUUGGAACAUAAGCGGCGUCCAAAAGUGCUUACUAUUCAUCGGUAUACCGGACAGACAAAAUCUCGUCAGAUCCCGAUUCCGAGUGGCAUGGCGCUUGGAGAAGAGCCAUUGUUUGCGUUGGCCAAGCAGCUACUCAAGCAGAUUGUCAACGACGGCCAGAUGUGGCCCUGCAUCAAUCUAUCGCUUACGGUGAGCGGGUUCGAAGAUGGCGUGGCUGGGAAUCAAAGCCUUGAUGGCUUCUUUACGCGUGCGACUGGGUCGGAAAAGAAGGGACCGGGAUCUAUUCGUCGGCAACUUGAAGGUUACGACGAGACAGCCGACUCCCAUCGAGACAAAAUGGCGAAGGUGCAACAUGACUUUGACGAGGAUUCACCUGUGCAGGACUCUAGAAUAGAUAUUGAGGAGCCUCUUGCUGUUCAAGGCAUCGAGACUGUCAACUGUGCCCUGCCAGAUGGCUUUUCUGGUGAACACCAACAGGGACUACGUUUAUGCCCGCAAUGUAACAAGUCCAUUGCUGAAGCUGAGUUCGAUGAGCACCAAGACUGGCAUUUUGCAAAAGACCUGCAAUCGGAAGAGAGAAAGGCGCUGCACUGUGCAAAUGUGAAACAGGGCGUUGUAAAACCGACGGGGAAACGGCAGACACGGUUGGCGUUUGGCUGA